CUCUCCAGGGAGCCCUCAGGAACGAAGUAGGUCACGGGGCUCCCUGGACCCAGCCGGACGCCUGCCAGCCCUGGACCGCCGGCAGAGCUGGCCUGCGGGGCGGCGGGCAGCAUGGGUGACGGCGCAUUUCUCGGCCUCCGGGUUCUCCGCCUCCCCGAGCGCGGUGCGGGGCUUCUGCCCGCGCCCCCUCGCAGCCGCAACCUGUGGGGGCGCGCGCCGAUCUCUCGGGGCUCCCCGUACGGGAGCGAGCGGGGCGGGCGCGGAGCCAGGCACGCGCGCAUGCGGGGAGCGUGCGAACUCGACCCGCGGGCGGGCGGGCGGGCGGGGAGAGCGGGGCGCUCCAGCCCAGCCCGCCGCUCACCUGGCGCCCGCCGCUCACCUGGCGCCCAGCGCGCCCCCGGCCUCCAGCCCUUCUCACGGCCACAGCCCUUCGCGGCCGCGCGCCGCGGCGCCCACCUGCGACAGGGUUUGCCACGUGCUCCGGACGCGUCGGAGGAGCCCCCUCGGCCUGCGAGCUCCAAGAGGCCAGGGGUUAAAAUGAACGGAGACCCGAAGGUCAAUUUCAGCGGCUUGCUUCGGGAUUACUUAGAUGCCGGUGCUGCUCCAGAGAACGUCUCGGCUGCCGUCUCCCCCCAGGUUCCUGUUGUGGAGCCACGGCCAGAGCUCGUGGUCAACCCCUGGGACAUUGUCCUGUGUACCUCAGGAACUGUCAUCUCCUGUGAAAAUGCCGUCGUGGUCCUCAUCAUCUUCCAUAACCCCAGCCUCCGAGCACCCAUGUUCCUGCUGAUAGGCAGCCUGGCUCUGGCAGACCUGCUGGCGGGCAUUGGACUCAUCAUCAAUUUUGUUUUUGCCUACCUGCUUCAGUCAGAAGCCACCAAGCUGGUCACAAUUGGACUCAUUGUCGCCUCUUUCUCCGCCUCUGUCUGCAGCUUGCUGGCCAUCACUGUUGACCGCUACCUCUCCCUGUAUUAUGCUUUGACAUACCAUUCGGAGAGGACAGUCACGUUUACCUAUGUCAUGCUUAUCAUGCUCUGGGGGACCUCCAUCUGCCUGGGACUGCUGCCCAUCCUGGGCUGGAACUGCCUCAGAGACGAGUCCACCUGCAGCGUGGUCAGACCACUCACCAAGAACAACGCAGCCAUCCUUUCCAUCUCCUUCCUCUUCAUGUUCGCGCUCAUGCUCCAGCUCUACAUUCAGAUCUGUAAGAUCGUAAUGAGGCACGCCCACCAGAUAGCCCUGCAGCACCACUUCCUGGCCACCUCGCACUACGUGACCACCCGGAAAGGGGUCUCCACCCUGGCCAUCAUCCUGGGGACCUUUGCUGCUUGCUGGAUGCCUUUCACCCUCUAUUCUUUGAUAGCUGAUUACACCUAUCCCUCCAUCUACACGUAUGCCACCCUCCUGCCCGCCACCUACAAUUCUGUCAUCAAUCCUGUCAUAUAUGCUUUCAGAAACCAAGAGAUCCAGAAAGCCCUUUGCCUCGUUUGUUGUGGCUGCAUCCCAUCCAGCCUCUCCCAGAGAGCUCGGUCACCCAGCGAUGUGUAGCAGCCUUCCACUCCCAAGCUCCUGCACACCCGGCGCUGCGUUUACCAAGCACUUCCACUGCCCGGCCAAGAGUUGAGAUGCUUUCCUUAAAUUCUUUAUACUGGAUUCUCUUUGGAUCCACAGGAACCCUUAGCAUUUGUGAAGCUUCCAGUCAGAUGAGUUAAGUAAUUGAAGUGAAAAUAAUCUUACCAGUGUUUUCACCCUUUUAAAAAAAAGGUCUGGAGUUCUUUGCUCAACAUUUUUUGUGUGUGUGUUUUGUUUGGGAGUGGGGGAUUUGUUUUAUAUUUUAUUUGGAGACAAGGUUUUUAUUUUUUAUUUGUUUGGAGGGUUGGUGGUGGUUCAGAAAGGAAGGGAUGUGACAUGACCAUGAUGUUACACAAAAGUAAACUGGUCCCAGAGUUUUUACCUGGACUUCAAAAUAAAAUUGAGUUAUUGAGGAAAAUUAAGUUACUUUUUCCAGACUUUUUUUUAAUGUCAAGGUAGAUUUUAAUGCUGCAUGUAUCUAAUUAAUAGAAUGCAAUCUCUUUCAAGCUGAUGAAAAGAUUUCACAUGUUUAUGUUUGGAAGGGACCUGAUUUUGUAAACAUGAACUCAGUAAUAAGUUACUAGCACUGAAACUAGGGACCCACUCUUAUUCUUCCUUUAUUUUCAGCAAGAAUUACUCUGAUAUUUCUGUGACUGUUGUAACUCUUCCUGCAUGGUUGCCUGUGUUAGCUAGACCACUAGCUUCUAAUGUUGCCAUGUACCAAAAUCAAAUGAGUUCUUUUUCAACAUAGGUUUUUAAUAUGUCCUUUUAAAGUGAAUGACAAAAUUGGUUUUGAUUUACAUAUCAAGUAGGAUUCAUUAGAUUCACCCUGGUAGUUUCUUAAGCAACAGUCUGAUUAUUUUCAGGAAACAAAAAGAAAAAAUAACUUUUGAAAGUAGAUUCAGUUUAUUUCAGUAUAUUCUGAAAAACAACUCAAUGUAAUACAAUCACAAAAUAUGAAAAACAUCACUUUUUCUAUCUUUAAGAAUGCAUUAAUAGUUAUUCUUGAUUGAGACAAAUAGAAUUAAUAUUGUAAACCAAGUAUUUCUGGUUUAUAUUGUCAGUGGUGUCAAAUGCAUUUGAAACAGGUGGUCUCCUAUUUUAAUGAUUAAUUUGUUUGUGAGUGCAUAACACCCCUAUCUGACUGUGAUAUGUCAUGUAAGUUCACCAGUGGCCAUUCAUAGAAAGCUAACUUUGAACUUUUCACCAAAAGAACAACUUAAAUGCAAUAAAAAAAACAUAUUGCCUGUU